UCCUUGUGCCAUACCGACAGCCCCUCUGCCCCCUUGUUCCCUCAAGUAGAAAGCUCAGGAGACAGGCCGUUCAUCACCAUGUCUGACCACCAGCACCACCAGCUGAGCGACGAGGACAUCCGCCGGUCGUGGGACCUCAGCUUCGUCGUCCAGCCCGUGUCCUACACGGGCGUGGGGCAGCAGAUCCCGCCCGUCGCCGUCCGCAUCCUGCCGCCGAACCAGCACGGCGAGACCGUCUACGCCCACUGCAGCCUCGUGACGCUCGACGACCAGCCCGUCGAGCCCGCCCUGAUCCCGGGCACCUCCAACUACCAGGAGGCCCUCGAGUCGGACCGCGGCACCCACGGCCUCAUGUGCCACGCCUCGGAGCCCACCCACUCGGACCCCAUCAUCGUCGACCCGGCCAGGGAGAGCCUUCCCAAGAAGCGCAGUGCCGGCGGCAGCAGCAGCCGGGCGGGCGGCAGCAGCAGCAGUUCCAGCAAGGGCAACUGGGCCGCCUGGACGUCCCCGGGUGGGAUCGCCUUUUGCGCCGACGGGGGUGACCUCCACCUGUACUUCGCCUUCUCGGGGCUCAAGGUCGCCUGGCCUGGGACUUAUGCCCUGCACGUCGAGAUCUACCGCUGUUUGGAGUACACAGAACCCGUCGCGAGGGUUAUCUCUGGCCCCAUCCAAGUCAUGGAGGGCAACGUUCCGAACCAGAAACUCAGCAAAACCGCCCAGAGGGUCCUACUUCGGCUCCAGGAGCACCACAACAUGGCCAACCUCCAGAUCGAUAGCAAUGAUUUUGCCGACUUUAUCUAA